UACAAUCUGCGUGGAUCAGAAGUUCUGGCACAGGUUAACUGAGUCCUUCACCCAGCGUCUCACCAGGCUGAAAAGAAGGUGUCUGCUGAGGCUGCCAUCUCAUCAAGGCUCUCUGGAUGCUCACUCAGGUUGUUGGAAGAAUCCAAGUCCUUAAAGCUGUGGAACUGAGGUCUGCCAUUUUAAUUAGUAACUGCCACUUAGAGGUACCCAAGUAGAGGAUAUUUGCUAUACUUAAUAUUUUAUCAUUCAGGUUGGAGGCACAGGAAGCAGCAAGAAUGGGUUUAGAAGAAUAUACAGAGUUUUUAAAGAAAAUGUCAGAGUUAAUUUUGAAUGAAAUGCCAAAAGCUGACUAUUCCAGUAUAUUCAAUGAUUUUGUGGAAUCUGAAUUUUUUCUGAUUGAUGGAGAUUCAUUGCUUGUCAUGUGCACAUGUGAAAAAUCAUUAAAACAGGGGCAGGAGCUCCACUUCUUCUACCUGGUUGAACGCUACCUUGUGGAUAUCAUUAAUAAAGGAGGGCAAUUUGCCAUAGUUUUCUUCAAGGAUGCUGAAUAUGCAUAUUUCAACUUCCCUGAACUUCUUUCUUUGAGAACUGCCUUAAUUCUUCAUCUUCAGCAUAAUAACACCAUUGAUGUUCGAACAACAUUUUCUGGAUGUUUAUCACAAGAAUGGGAAACUUUCUUGAAAGAGAGUUGCCCAUAUUUCCUGAUAGUUGCAGAUGAAGGCAAGAACCAUCUACAAACACAGCUUUUCAACUUUUUAAUCAUUCAGUCUUGGGCAAUGAAGGUCAAUGCUGUGCUUUCCUCGGGGCAAACAUCUGAUAUUCUUCGACUUUAUGCGUACUUUAUGCCAAGCAAACACAAUAACCGAGUGUUUUUCAAGGAGAAUAAACAGCAGAUUGAGAAUGCUUAUAAAGCCCUGAUUAAACAAUUGAAAGAAUAUAAAGUUUUUGCAUUUGAUCCUCUUUUUGGAAAUUUAAUAUGGGACAAUAUGAUGGAAGAGGCACGUGAAACUAUUUCUCUGCUUAAGCAGCUCUGGCAAGAGGGAUCUGACAUUCGGCGUGUUCUCUGUGUUACUUCAUGCUCAUUGUCUUUGAGAAUGUACCACCGCCUCUUAGAAAACAGAAGGAAGACUACCUCUGGUGAGGAAACUAACAUCCAACAGGGGGAAAGUGAUUGCUUAAGCCUGCAAGAGAUGGAAGAUUUGUGUAAACUGCAUUGUCUCAGUGUGGUUUUUCUACUUCACUUACCUCUUUCCCAAAGAGCUCGUAUUAGAUUCACCAAUUCCUGUUGGAUUAAGGACAUUCAGGCCUUCCUAAAAAUGAAAAAGUGGUGUGAACAUUUUCUCCUAAGUAAUAUAGACACUUUUGAAUUUUUGAAUCUGAAUUUAAUUCACGUUUGCGACUUAAGUGAUGAGCUUUUGUUGAAGAAUAUUGCUUUUUACUAUGAAAAUGAAAAUAUUCAAGGCCUACAUUUGAGUUUGGGAAAUGUCAUUACGAAGGAUUAUGAAUAUCUCUGGAAUGCUGUAUCAAAGUUGGUCAGAAAGUUUGAUGUUGGACAGCCAUUUCCUCUGAGAACAACAAAACUUAAUUUUCUUAAAAAUAACCCAUUACCAAUCGAAGAUACCUCCAAGGAAAAGAUGCCCAGUUUGGGUUUUAUUCCAAUGUCAUCUGAAGUGAUUGAUAAAUUUGCUGGAGACAUUUUGAAAGAUUUGCCUUUCCUAAAGAGGGAUGAUCCUCUUGUAACCGCACUGGUUAAACAUAAGGAAUUUGAUGAACUCAUGCACUGGCAUUCGCGCAGGCCCCUCAGCGAUGAUUAUGACCGGACGAAGUGCCAGUUUGACGAAAAAUCUAGAGAUCCUUAUGUUCUUAGAAGUGUGCAAAAGUAUCAUGUUUUUCAACGAUUUUAUGGAAAUUCAUUAGAAUCGAUCACUCCCAGAAUCAUUGUAACUCAAAAUAUCAAGCCAAAGAAGAAUUUCAGUGAACCCAAGAACAAAAAGGCAAAUGAGACAAAGGCUGAAAUAAUUACUAGAGAGAAUAAGAAGAGGUUAUUUGCCAAAAAAGAACAAAAAGAAGAGGAAAAAUGGAAUGUUCUGUCAUUUCACAUUGAGGAAAAAAUGAAAGAGAAUUUAAACAAUGGAAUACAGAACCUGGAAGAUUUUUUGAAAUCAUGUAAAAGUAACUCAGUGAAACAUCAAGUUGAAAUGACUGGGUUAACUGCCUGCUUGAAAGCAUGGAAAGAACAUUGUAGAAGCCAAGGAAAAGGUGAAAGCACAAAAGAUUUAAGUAUAGCUAUUCAAAUGAUGAAAAGGAUCCACUCCUUGAUGGAAAAAUACCCAGAACUUUUGCAAGCGGCAGAUCAGCAACUCAUUGCCAGAUGCCUUAAGUAUUUAGGAUUUGAUGAUUUGGCAAGUUCUUUAUAUCCAACUAAGGUUGCAGGAGAUGACAUGAAAGAGAAGAAAAGGAAUAAAUAUUCAGUUGGCAUUGGGCCUGUUCGGUUUCAACUACAAUACAUGGGUCAUUAUUUGAUACGAGAUGAGAGAAAAGAUCCGGAUCCCAGAGUUCAGGAUUUUAUUCCUGACACAUGGCAGCGAGAGCUCCUUGAUGUUGUGGAUAAUAAUGAAUCAGCUGUGAUUGUCGCCCCAACGUCCUCAGGCAAAACCUAUGUUUCCUACUACUGCAUGGAGAAGGUGCUGAAAGAGAGCAAUGAAGGGGUCGUUGUGUACGUUGCACCAACCAAGGCCCUUGUUAAUCAAGUGGCAGCUACUGUUCAGAAUCGUUAUACCAAAACUAUGCCAGAUGGCGAAUGUCUGUGUGGUGUUUUUACAAGGGACUAUCGUCAUGAUGCCCUCAACUGUCAGGUACUUAUUACAGUGCCUGCCUGCCUUGAAAUUCUGCUGUUAGCUCCUCAUCGCCAAAAAUGGGUGAAAAGGAUCAGAUACGUUAUAUUUGAUGAGGUCCAUUGUCUUGGGGGAGAAAUUGGAGCAGAAAUUUGGGAGCAUCUCCUUGUCAUGAUCCGAUGUCCUUUUCUGGCUCUUUCGGCUACAAUAAGCAAUCCUGAACAUCUCACCGAGUGGCUACAGUCAGUAAAACGGUACUGGAAGCAAGCAGACAGUGAAAUAGAACAGAAUAUUGCUGCUAGAAGAAGCGCUGGCUCUCGUGCCAAUCAUCACAAAGACAACUCUCAAAGGAAGCAAUCAUAUAAAGUUAGACUUGUGCUGUAUGGAGAGAGAUACAACGAUUUAGAGAAGCAUAUAUGUUCAAUACAACAGGAUGAUAUUCAUUUUGAACAUUUCCACCCAUGUGCCGUGCUAACGACAGAUCAUAUCAAAAGAUAUGGAUUCCCUUCUGAUCUUAUCCUUUCACCUCGAGAAACCAUCCAGCUUUAUGACACCAUGUUUGAAUGCUGGGAAGAUUGGCCCAGGGCCCAGGAGCUGUGUCCAGAGAACUUCAUUCAUUUUAAGAAUAAAGUAGUCAUUAAGAAGAUGGAUGUGAGAAAAUAUGAAGAGAGCUUAAAGGCAGAAUUAACAAAUUGGAUUAAAAAUGGCAGUGUAGAGGAGGCCAAAAUGGUCCUGAAGAAUCUUAGUCCCGAUCUGGCUGUUAGUUCAGAAAACAUGACACAGAUGUUUCCACUUCUCGUUGAAAAGCUGAGGCAAAUGGAGAAGUUACCAGCACUAUUUUUUUUAUUCAAGUUAGGAGAUGUAGAGAACAGAGCUAAAAGUGUGAGCACUUCUUUGAAGGAGAAGCAGAAGAGAGAGCGGCCUCCCAAAGCUGAUAAAGAAGCCCAUGAUAUGGCUAACAAACUUCGAAAAGUUAAAAAAUCGAUCGAGAAACAAAAGAUAAUGGAUGAAAAAAGCCAGAAGAAGCCCAGAAAAAUGGAUAAAAGCCUAAUAUGUGAAGCUGAACAUGAUAAUCUUCUCAAGAAUUUAGAGAAGAACCUGGAAAUCCCUCAGGAGUAUACAUAUGCUAAUCAAAAGGCAGUGGGUGCUGAGAUGUUGCAGAUGGUGUUCGACCGAGUAAAAUUCACAAGAAAAGGUCCAGAGCUGAAGGAUUUGGCAGAAAGGGGUGUCGGAUAUCACCACAGUGCUUUGAACUUCAAAGAAAAACAGUUAGUGGAAAUUCUUUUUAGGAAAGGAUUUGUUAGGGUGGUGACCGCUACUGGGACACUUGCUUUAGGAAUAAAUAUGCCUUGUAAAUCCGUGGUUUUUGCUCAAAACUCGAUCUAUCUCGAUGCUUUAAAUUACAGACAGAUGUCAGGACGUGCUGGGAGACGAGGCCAAGACCUGAUGGGAGAUGUAUAUUUCUUUGAUAUACCAUUGCCCAAAAUAGAAAAACUCAUAAAAUCCAAUGUUCCUGAACUAAGAGGACAGUUCCCCUUCAGCAUAACCUUCGUGCUGCGACUCAUGCUCCUGGCUUCGAAGGGAGAUGACCCAGAGGACGCCAAGGCAAAGGUGCUGUCAGUGCUAAAGCAUUCAUUGCUGUCCUUCAAGCAACCCAGAACUGUGGAGAUGCUCAAACUUUACUUCUUGUUUUCUUUGCAGUUACUGGUGAAAGAGGGCUAUUUAGAUCAAGAAGGUAACCCAAUGGGGUUUGCUGGACUUGUAUCACAUUUGCAUUACCAUGAGCCUUCUAAUUUUGUUUUUGUCAGUUUUCUUAUAAGUGGCCUUUUCCAUAAACUCUGUCAGCCAACCCAUAAAGGCUCAAAACAUUUUUCUCAAGAUGUCAUGGAAAAGCUUGUGUUAGUAUUGGCAAAUCUGUUUGGAAGAAAAUAUUUUCCAGCAAAGUUCCAAGAUGCUACUGUCAAAUUUUAUCAAUCAAAGGUGUUCCUCAAGGACCUCCCCGAGGAUUUUGGUGCUGCUUUACAUAAGUAUAACAUGACAGUUAAAAAGGAUUUUGCCUCCUUUCUACUAAUUGUUUCCAAAUUGGCUGAUAUGAAACAGGAAUAUCAACUGCCAUUGUCAAAAAUAAGCUUCACGGGUCAAGAAUGUGAAGACUCCCAACUCGUGUCUCACUUGAUGAGCUGCAAGGAAGGCAGAAGAGCUAUUUCUCCAUUUGUUUGUCUCUCUGGGAACUCUGAUGGUGAUUUGCUUCAACUAGAAACUUCAGACCAUGUCAUUCUGCGCACAGUUGGUAUCAGUCACGCUCAGGCUCCUUUGCUUUGGCCACAGAGGUAUGAUAGCCAAGGAAGAAGAAUGCCACUCAAUGCCUAUGCACUUGACUUCUAUAAACACGGUUCCCUGCUGGGAUUAGUCCAGGACAACAGGAUGAAUGAAAGUGAAGCUUAUCGGUUGUUGAAAGAUUUUUCACUCACCGUUAAAUCUAUCAGUGUUUCUUUGUGGGAGCUAUGUGAAAAUGAAGAAGACAAUGUGGUCCUGGCAUUUAAACAACUGAGUGAAACCUUUUCUGGAAAACUUAAGAAAGUCUAAAAACAAAGUGUAUUCAAACCACUUAAAGUAUCUCCAUGGGCAUUUUUCAAGUCAUAUUUUAUGAUUCUCAUCCCUUUUUUCAGAAAUACAUAUGUGAUGAGCCCUGGCUUGUGUAGCUCAGUGGAUUGAGCGCAGACUGCAAACCAAAGGGUCCCUGGUAUGAUUCCAGUCAGGGCACAUGCCUGGGUUGCAGCCCAGUGGGGGCCAUGUGAGAGGCAACCACACAUUGAUCUCUCUCUCUCUCUCCCUCCCUCCCUUCCCCUCUCUAAAAAUAAAUAAAUGAAAUCUUAAAAAAAUAAGAAAUACGUAUGUGGUUAGGUAGAAUGAGCACUUUGGAACAAGAGUGGCUCCAAACCUGCCAUGUUCUCUCAGGAGUUCCAUUGUAUGAAUUAUUUAAUGUUUCUGAGUUUUCAUUUCUUUGUAUAGUUGAGUAACCAUGCUUAGGUGGCAGCUAGCUUCAGAUUGACUGAGAAAAUACAGGGACUUUGUAUGUGAUAGAAAAACAAUUUUUAAUUUGUGAGACUUAACCAAAUGUUACAUUCAGAACAUUUUUCACCUCAAUGUCAUCGUUUGUAAAGUAUUUUCCUAAAGCUAAAAUAAAUGAUAACAGUAUCCUGAAGUUAAAAUAUAUUCUCUCUAAUUGACCUGAAUGUGAUGAUGUAACUUAGAUAUAUGGCCAUUAAAACAGUAUCUUCCAUUGAUCUUAAACUGCUAAUUUAAAAUUGUAAAUGAGAGUUUUAUUUAUAAAAUUCUCUGAUAUUUUAAAGUUAAAUGUAGCUGAUGAUUUGGUUUGAUUUUAAUUGUAAAAAAGUGGUUUGAAAACUACAAAGAAAUAAAGUGGGUGUAAUCUACCUACCACUGGUCUCUUUAUGUUAAAUCUAUGCAUCUGUGAAUCCAUUUGCACACAUAUAUGAAUUUUAUAUAAUAUUUUAUACAUACAUUUUACCCUUCAACAACAUGGGCUUGAACUGUGUGGGUCCAUUUACACGUGGAUUUUUUCAAUAAAUAUAUUACAAUAUUUUAGAGACUUAUGACAAUUUGAAAAAACUCACAGAUGAACCGCAGAGCUUAGAGUAUCAAAAAAUUAAGAAAAAAUUAGGUGUGUCAUGAAUGCAUAAAAUAUAUGUAGAUACUAGUCUAUUUUAUUGUUUACUACCAUAAAAUAUGACAGAGCCAAUCAAAGAAAUUAUGGAAAAGACUGUGGAUAUGGCAAAACAAAUAAAAAAGGUGGUGAUGGUGGUGAAGGGUUUCAAGAUAUGGAUCUUCGAGAAAUUCAAGAGCUAAAGACACCGCCCUGGAGGAGUUAACAGAAGACAACUUGCAGUAGAUGAGUGCUUCUGAGCCCGGGCCAGGCGAUGAGGAAGAAGAUGUGGAAGAAGCAGGACCUGGGGGCAAAGUGACAUUAGACAAUCAGGCAGAAGGCUUCUGAUUAUUGAAGACUGCUUCGACUUCUUUUACAACACGGACCCUUCUGUGAUGCAGACUAAACAUUGCAGACUAUACAUUGUAACUAAAGCAAAUGGUGGAAGAAAGAUGUGUACUGUGUAGAAACAUUUUGAGAGAAAUGGGAAAGCAAAAAAAGUCCGACAGAAAUUGAGAUGUAUUUCUAUAAAGUUACACUGAGAGUAUCUAUCUGCCUCUUCUUCCACCUUCUCCUCUUUUGUGGCUGCCACCUGUGUGACAGCAAGACCAACAUCUCCUCCUCCUGGUCCUCCUCAGCCUAUACAAUGCAAAGAAAACAGGAUGGAGACCUUUGUGAUGAUCCACUUCCACUUGAUGAAUGGUGAAUAAUUAGGAUGCUGUGUAGUUAAUAAACUUAUCUGUU